AUGUUGACUUACCGCAACGACGUCUUCAUCGCCGUCCUGGCAUUCUACGCUUUCACAGGAGUCUUCUCCAUCAUCCGACUCUUUCAACAUGGCCUCAGGAAGACUGCCAGUGAGCGCAUGCUACUCGUCUUCAGCAUCGGCAGAAUUCUUUGUGCUAGUUUCCAACUAGCAACUAUAACUUACCCCACCAACACUUCCAUCUGGGCUGGCUACAUCACAACUUUCUCAAUUUGUGUCUCUCUCUUGCUGUCGGCAUCACUCGUACUCCUCCGAAGACUUGCUCAACGUGCAGGAACAGAUUUCCCCAAGGUCAAGGGUCGGGACUCGAUGAAGCUCUGUCAAAUCUUUGUUACUAUUGGUCUUGUCCUGGGCAUUGCCGGCGGUAUUAAGGCUGACAACAACUGGGGUUCUACCGGCUCCUACCAAUCUGAUGCAAUUCAGAAAGCCAGUAUCGUCAUCUUCAUCAUGUCGUGGGCACUGGUCGUCUUCUUGACCAUCCACACGCUCGGCAGUGCACAUGGCGCAUCGUCCCACACACAGAAGAUUGCAGUUGCUGUGUUCGCAAUCAGUCUGCCUUUGUUGGCUGUACGCAUUGCUUACUCUGCUGUUUCCAUCUUUGCCAACCUCAAAUCAUUCAGCUCGGUCUAUGGCAGUGUCACUAUCAUGCUGUGUAUGGCUUUGAUUGAGGAGGCCAUUAUCGUCUUGAUGUACCAGGUACUUGGGUUUGUCACACUCGAGACAGAAAAGAGAACCAAAUCUGUUGGUAGCGAUUUUGACCAGCUAUCUGCCACCGAGACCGGUGUCUAUACUGGUAAGUAA